GCCGACGCUCUCCACUUAGCAGCUUGCCCGCGUGCACACGUCCGGUAACCUUUCGAUGCAUCAUAACCACAAAACGCGUCGGAUACAGAACAUCGACCGGGAAUAACCCUAUAGAAAGAGCAUUUAUACAGCCCUAUAACAUCCCGAGAACCCAAAACCGAUCCCCGAUCACUCAAGGUUCGCUGCGGGUGCAUUUGUCAGUUCGCCGCCACCGCCACUGCAGAAGGAUCGACGACGUACUCCUCCUCCCAUUGAGCAUUGGCGAAGAAGACGGGACCAUUCGGGCUGUCCUUCGCGCGGUCCUCGGCGGCGCCCCUGCGUGACUUAGGACAAGCCCCAGCUGAAACAAUGCAAACGAAAACUCCUGCAGACGUUCAAGCUAUGGAGCGCCGGGUCAUUUUGUGGCCUACUGUUCCCGGUCCUUGGCUGCGCCAUCCCACUGACUGGCAGCGAAGAUGGUCGUAACCGAGGGCGGGUCAGCCCGAGCAAUGGGACUUCUAGCGAAAGGUAAACAACGGUGAAACGAGCACGAUCUUCGGAUGACUUACUCCCAUUGGCCAUCAGCGAAAAUGAUGGAGGCCUGGGGGUGGCGAGCAGCAAGGGCGCCGGUUGGAGCAAGACCGAGAACAUGGCUGCUACUGAUGUCGGCGACGAGCGAGCAGAAGAAAGCCAAGACGACGUACCCGUCCUCCCUGGCGAAGACCUGACCGGUGGGUGCAGCUUGCGCACCGACGGGUCCUUGACGCUGGUCGACGGGAGCAGCGACAACGAAACACGCAGAAACGCUCAGCAAGAGCAGUUGGAACUUGACGGUGAAGAACAUGUUGAGUGAGUGAGGCAGUUGGUGGAACUGGGGAGACUGGGGCGGAUUGCUGGGGAUUGUAGUAAUCUUGCUGGACUUUUAUACCUUUUCAGAUAUCAAAGAAGAAAUUCUUGUCGGGCUCGUGUCGAUGGAUCAUUCACUGCAUGGGGCUGGUGAGGUCACGACGAAUCAAUGCGAACGCUACUUCGGAGGGGAGAAGCUAAGUGAUCGGGCCAGUUGAGCGGAGAAAAGACUAGAGCCCGCGGAGACGGAGAGAUGUCGUUUUGGUUAUUCAACGAUAGGAUAACAGAGGACCGACGGAGUCUCAAUUCGAGUUGCACAUUGCAAAGUUUAAAAUAAUAGAUCCCGUAUGAUUCCGUUGCCCUUCCGAGACCACGCACUGUUAGAUGUAAGAAGAGCAUCCAAGCGGCGACUCUUGCAUGCGUUUCAACCCAGUAGAAGGUAACCAAGGAGUAUACCAAAAUGAGGGUAGGAGUGGGCAUGACCGUGAGAUCUGAUUUGUAUGUGUUGCCAGACUCGCAGAACGCUGUCCCUCGCAUUACACUUUCAGCCAACAUCAUUCUCGUACUCCGUCGCGACAGUGUGGGACUCGUGUGUCUGUCCACGACUUGAUUCAUGAACAUUUGUUAUGUGAACAGACCUGGCAGGUCACGAUCCGCACGGGAUGGUUGCAUUAGGAUCUCCAUAAAGAACAGCGUUAGCCAAAGUAACAUCUGCUUACUUCAAAAUUCCGGAAUCCGGAGUCGCUUCUGCAGAGUCUCGGGCUUCCACAUUCUUUUCCAGAGUUCUACGCGUAAUUUUGUUGUGUAUGUGCUGUUCAAUCCCCGAUAAGAACCUGGGAAACGCUUCCAAAUUGCCUCGCUGCGUCUUCGGUUGGCUCCUCCGACUUCACUCUAUUAUCUGGUCCCGUGUCUUUCAGUCUAAUCCAUUUCGUCUCGCCUCCCCGACCAGCACCAAUGAAGGCAUCGUACAUCCCUCUCGAAGACCUCGAAGAUCCGCCUCCUUCCGACUUGAAGCGGAAGUUUUCGAUAUCUCACAAACUGGCCGUUCUUUUCUUAGUCCUGUACAUCGCAUCUUUGUCGCUCAAUCUAGCGGCGGCAUAUCUCUGGGUCUAUUCCUCUGGGCCUCGCAAUCCGCUGUUUCCCCAGGCUCUCUACUCGCCUGCUCAAGACGUUCUCGAAUACCAAACAGUCAAGUUCCACAGUGGAUUUGGCACUCAUGCUCCCAUUUGGGACCAGCCGCCGUCUGACGAUGUCGAUCAAGCCUGGCAUAAUCUCUACGCAUUUGCCUUCUCCAAGAUUUCUCAUACUGAAGCCCAGCAUUUGCCCAACAAGACAUAUCCGAUUCUUGGAGACGAGCCCAAAUCAUACAUGCUUGCGCUGGAUGUCUUUCACCAGCUGCACUGUCUGGAUGAAGUCCGCAAGGCCAUGAAUCCUGACCGUUAUCCUCACACUGAGGAAGGAAUCAACACGAAGCACAUGCGGCACUGUCUAUCCAGCCUGCGACAGUCGAUCAUGUGCUCUGCAGACAUUUCACCCAUUGUGUGGCAAUGGUCGGAUAGAUCGCAUGCAGCCAAAGAACGGUCUGAUAUCGUUCACACGUGUAGAAACUUUGAAAAGAUCCACGAAUGGAGCCGCCAGAAUUUCGCUGGACAAAUGCAGAACAUGUCCAUCUACAUUCCUGAUGACUUGUAGUAGAUCGCUAUCUCCUCUAUUUCCGCAUCCGAAAACAAUCAUGACGCGUGAUCACUUUUCUUCAAUUGCCAUCACAUGGAAAGAACGGCGACUGGAAACGGGCCGUACGGCCCAGACAUCUCCAUCGAUCCUCUCACACUGAAUCCCAAUCUUCGGUAUAUGCAAACCUACGGUGACCGGAAAUGAGGCGAUGCGCUCUGACACCGAACCGUAUACUCACGUUGAGUUCGUUCGUCGCGGCCAGAGUCAAUUCGGAGCCGUGAGCCUGAGGCGCCAUGUCUUUUGGAGAAUGCGGGAGCGAUGACGGUUGCACUUACCUGGUCCCGUACAGCUUCCACCAACGCACGCGCCAUUCCUCGCCGCUGGUAAUCUGGAUCGACAGCGAACAAGUUUAGAUACCAUGAGUCAAGCUUUCCGCGUUCGCCCAAGAGCCUCGCCGUCAAGCUAGCAAACUCCGGCCGAUACUGUGGAGAGAUUGAGACGAGACUCCUGUGGCGCGGGUGCACUUGCCGUAGUCUUGUGCCAGAGCAGAGCCUCGGGUGACAGCUGGACCAGGAAUGUGGACAGGAUGGCUUGUUGAUCGACGCUGGAAACGCCGUCAGCGCUGCCCGCGCGAACCCCCAAACGGUGAACGGACGUGGAGAAGGCCUCGACCCCGGGCUCCCACCACAAUGCGAACCCUCGGAUCACGGUCGGGUCUGCUGACUCGCUCACGACGAAGAUUCGGCCUGCCAACACGCCCGCGCGAAUACUGGCGCGAAAAAACGCGGCUAGCAGGACUGGGUCGUCACCACUCAAUGUCCUGAUGGAGGUCUCGUCUUGGCUGGAUUGGAAUCAGUGGGCUGGCCGUGCUUGGCGUUACUCACGGGGAUCGUAUGCGCGCAGACAGACGUGAAUUAUCUCUUCGAUCUGGCUGUCUGCAAGCAAACACGCGCCCUCAGAAGCUUAUGCAACGAGGCGGGUAUUCUGGGCUCACCUGUGGGAUGCGUCAACGGAGCGACGGUGAAAGACAUGUUGGGUUUGUGUUUACUUCGGGCCCAUUGAAGACGGAUGUUUCGUUGAGUAAUUGUGAGUGCUUGGAUCAGCUUCCCCGAGGCAUGUGGCGCCACCAAAACCCUUCUUGAGUGCCAACAGGGAAAUGAAAGGCUCCAUCAAUAGGAUCUUAUCGAGCAUCGACCGAUGCCUUCGCGCUUCUUCGGGUGCUGCACUCUGGCUCGUAUUCGCCUUGCUUCCUCACCACCAUGGUCGCUCUGCAAAUGCAACUGGACACUCCCGCCCAGCUCACUUUCGAGCGAGCUUUCUACAUCGGCAGUUAUCUCACCGCCAUUCUCUUCGGAUGCCAAAUAUUCAUGUUCCUUUUGUCCAAUUACUUCCUUCUCUUCACGUCCAGCGAUGUACGCAAAGAGUCUGUUUUCUACGUCACUUAUGGCACCGUUAUGAUCUUGUUAUGGACGGUUGCCUCUAGCUGCAACGCUCUUUUUGGUCAGCUGGCUUGGAUCGAUCAUAGAGAUAUAGCAGGAGGACCGGCACAGUACAUGGCCGAUAAUUUUGCCGCCUGGUACAACACCUUGGGUACGGCCGCUGGUGUCGCGAUGAAUUUCCUCUCAGAUGGGCUUUUGCUGUACCGAUGCUACAUCAUAUGGGGCUCGUCGUAUAAGGUUGUAAUCUUCCCACUGCUUGUCUACUUUGGCGCCAUGUCCAUGGCGAUCUUGAUGAUCUACGAGAGUGCGCUCCCUGGUGCCAGUUUCUUCGCGGGCGACCCUGUCUCCUACGGCGUUCCCUACGUGUGGAUGACGAUCGGACUAAACAUCAUCACGACAACAUUGAUUUGUGGGCGGCUUCUAACCGUUCGACACAAGGUUCGAGCUAUUCUGGGCGAUCAAUACAGCCGGACGUACACUGGCAUCGUGGCCGUUUUGCUCGAGUCCGCGCUUCCAUUCACCGCGCUUGGCAUCAUCUACGUGAUUGCCUAUUCCCGCAACUCACCCUAUUCUUUUGCCUUCGUUCAGAUCUGGGCUGACUUCUGCGCCAUCUCGCCGCAGCUUAUCAUCCUUCGUGUUGCGAUGGGAAAAGCUUGGUCGAAGGAAACGGUGGCGUCUGUGUCUGUUUUGGUGUUCGACCAUCGGAUCGAGAAGGGCAUGAACAAUCGGGGGUUGGGACUGGCCCUGCGUCAGGCGGAUAGUCACGCCACCACAGAUGUGACUACGAUGGACUUGCCCUCCACGAAAGGCAUUGCUGUCUGACAUCGAUGAGCAUCUGUAAUUUAUCUUGGGGCGUGUUUGACCGCCAGUUGCUGCUAAGUUUAUGUGCUAUCUAGACUUAUCUACUGUCUUUCUUGCGAGCAAAAGAUCCGUUGCUAUACAAGUUGUACAUUGUAUAAUGAUAUCGUACAUUGUUG